AUGACUAUCUUCAAACUUACUGCUCUCUUGGCUUUGAGUGCGUCGCAUGUAGUGGCGCAAACUCCAACCCCAACCUCUUCUCCGACUACUACGAGCUUGACUCGCCCAUCCCUAACAAUACCGGCAUGCUGGUCCCUCAAAGACUCCCUCCCCAUCACGGGCGCACCAGCACCACCCAUGGACAUGUCAGAACUAGGUGUAUCAUUCGCCCUCGGAAGUCUCUACAACACCGCUGAUCCAUGCCAACUUCCUGCCAUCACCGGAUCGUCAGCCGAGGAAUUUUCGGAGUGGGCUUCGGAAUGGACAAGCUGGCAGGCUCAACAUGUCUCCGAAUACCGGAUCUUGUGGGAAUCUUGUAGUGAUGAGCCGUAUAUCACUGAUCUUGUUCCUGUCGGACCUGACGCGUGUAGUACUCUCAGAGCCAAGAUUACAGGGACUGCUUCUGCGGGCGAUAGCGGCGACAAGGACAAGAAGGACGAUGAGAAAAAAGAUGACGACGCGCCUGAGAAGGUUGAGAGCUCUUCAGCCUCUCGUGUGAUGGUAUCGGUACUUGCUGCUCUGGUUUUCGUUGGCGUACUAGGUGCUGCAGUAUGA